AUGGAACUGAUUCAAAAAUUUGGCAUGAACAAUGCAAAAUCAAUUGGUACUCCUAUGAGCCCUGCUACAAAUUUAGACAAAGAUGAACAGGGUACUCCAGUUGAUGAAACCAAAUACAGAGGAAUGAUUGGAUCACUAUUAUAUCUGACAGCAAGUAGACCAUAUAUUAUGUUCAGCAUGUGUAAAUGUGCCAGGUUUCAGUCGGCUCCUAAGGAGUCACAUCUGACUGCUGUAAAAAGAAUCAUUCGAUAUCUAAUUGGCACAGUAUCUCAUGGAUUAUGUUCGCAGUUCGAAGAUGGAAAGCCAAUCAUCACGUCUUCUCAACUGACACCCUUUCCUUUUCUGUACUCAACCGUCGAAAUCCUUUGUUUAAAGUUAAACCCUUUCAGUUACUCUCAUCCCCAUCUUCUCUCCAACCCUGUGAAAAUCCUCCCCUCUCCCAUGGCGAAACAUUCCAAGAACCCCUCUGCAUCUACCAGAAAAAGCACCCGCUCUAAGGUGAAACCCCCUUCUGCGCCUCCUGAGCAAGUAGACCUAGGGUCUGAUCACUCUGAAGGCUUCGUCUCCUCUCAGGGUGAGUUCUCUGAACAAUCACAACUUCUAGGAGAAACAACUUUAGGUAAAUGA